AUGAACCACAGGAAGGUGUGCGGUUGGGGAUCUGCUGUGAAAAGGAGAAGGUGCACAAAAUGGGGCAUCUCACUGGAGGGGCGCAAGGAGGAAGAAGAAGGGGCCCCAUGGGAAGGGGGGCCUAACCAAAAUGGACAGUACCACAUAAAUCUAUGCAACAGUCCACCCAUCCAAGACACACUCUUCACCUUAACCUGUUUAUGCAUAUGCCUUCUAUGCAAUACCAACUGCUACAACCAUUACUAUCGUUUGAUGAGUCUGCUGAGGGAGAGGAGGAGCUUCCACCUACACGAGCGGGUGAACCACUUCGUCAACGAGUUAGCCAAGCAGGACGCAAAGUGCCAGCAUAUAUGGAAUAUGAAAAAUGCUCUCCUCUAUCUAUACGUGGAGAUGUGCCUCAAGAUGGGCCACUCAGUUGUGAAAAAAAGGAGGCGCAAAAAAGAUGGGAAAAAUUUAAGUCGUCGAAUGGGCUUUUCAACCUACCGUAAGGAGAUGUCCACCCAGGGUCUACCAUCCAAAGGGGAACCAAGUUGUAUACAAAGAAAAAACAAAAAAAACGUGCAUGCUUCUUCAAAUGAGAAAAUUUUAAAAUAUGUGAAGGACGAUUUCCGAUUUUUUGAAAACAUCAUGGAGAUCCAGUCGUACAACUACAUGGCCACGUCACACAUUUGCACGUUUUAUCAGCUUAUCGUUUUUCUUUGCUCGAGAAAGAAGAAGAGUCGUUGUGAGAGCACCUCAAUUUGCAAAACGAUAGAGAAUCAGUUUUACAGAGUUGUAAAGAAAAAUGCUUACUACUACGCCAUGCACAAUUCGUUCCUUCUGGUUCAUCUGCAGGAUGUGUAUCUCUCCCUGGUGGAGUGGCUAAGGGGCAGCUACUACGUUGUCGUAAGGACAAACCUGUUCACGUAUAGUUUCGACUUGGUCAGGGGGCAUGAACUGUGCAGGCGGGGGAAAAAAAAAAAAAAUUAUGAACAGGUCAGAAAAAUUACGCCGCAAAUGUUGUACAAAAAAUUGAAAAGGAGAAUAAAAAAAUAUAAAGUUCAUUCCAGACAGAUGAUCCACCUGUUAGACAAAAUAUAUAGCGAACAAAUUUACAUCCAUUUUUAUUCCAAUGGGCUAAGGAACGUGUUGUACUGCCGAUGCAACUGUAACUUUUUUUUCCUCGAGAUGGUCUGCAAUGUAAUCCUGCCGCUCCAGCUGAAGCGGCACACUGGAGGGAAGAAGAAUGACUCACCAAUUGGGAGAAGCGAUGAAUGGAAAGGAGCAUCCUGUGUGCAAAAUAAACAAACGGAAAAAAAAACACACACACAAGAAGAAACAUCUCAGCUGCUGCGCUCUGUAGACCGUUAUCUCGCUAAAGAAUUGGAAUACCUCCUUCAUGAGUACACUCGCUUCAGGGUAAAAUAUAGCGAGGAAAAAAAAAGCAAUCUCACCAAGCGAGUUAGCAGACUGCUCAAACGGUGUGCACAUAUUCGUAACACGUGGUAUUAUCACAGCCGCGCUUCGACAAAAGGGGACAUUAAAACGAAACGGAAAGGGUGGAUUGCAAAUGGGUUGCUCACGGUUGGCCAGCACGGCGAGGAUGACCCAACUUCACACCCCAGAAAGGAAAAGACGCAACAAACGGGAGAAGCGACGUGUCCCCCCGUUCUGGUAAGCUAUUAUGGCAUUUUUUUCAAGUGCAUAAUUUACACCAUACAUGAAUACGCUUUGCAGAUAUGUGGGGUGCUACGCGGGGGGGAAGACCACAAGGGAAGUGCAAGCCGGAGAUGCAGACAAGUCCCAUCGUCAUUUGUUGACUCAGAAUAUUUGCAGCACCUCAAAUGCCCCCACCAUCUGCUUCCUCCAUUUGAGGGAACCAAACAAAGCGGCGAAGCAAUCCCCCCUGACACUCUCAACUGUAGUGAUAAUUUACACACCUUGAGAAAAAUAUACCUAGACAUAUUACACUUUUUUAAAGCCACAAAAAUGAGAGAUUGGAAGAAAAGGAGCACCCCGUUUGGCCACGUGACCAGCCGCCAAUCUGAGACGCAACCCAGAAGAGGUUCAAACGAAAUGCCCUUUUUGAAGUUCCUUUUUUCCGCUAAUUUCUACCUCUUCUUGUGUGAGCACAGGUACGCGUUUUACCUUCUACGGGAGGUGCUUCGGGCGCUCCAUUUCAUCUUCCCGCGGGUUAUGCGGCGGGGUAGGCCGCUGUGGAAGGGGCCGGGCUGA